AUAAAUCUGUUUUAGACGAGUAUUUAACUCUAGACCACAUGGAAGAAACAACAUCAACUGAAAUUAAUUAUGAAGGUAAAUUUAGUUCUUAUUAUUUGCCCCAUCAUGCGGUCGUGCGAUCUGACCAUAAAACAACAAAGGUGAGAAUUGUGUUCAAUGCCUCUAGGAAAACAAAAUCCAACUUUUCUCUAAACGAUGUUCUGUAUACAGGUCCUACAAUUCAAAACGACUUAAUAACAGUAAUUCUGAAUUGGAGAAGAUAUAAAUACGUGUUCAGUGGGGACAUACAGAAAAUGUAUCGUCAAAUCCUAAUUCAUCCAAAUGAUAGAGCAUUCCAAAGAAUAUUAUAUCAACCUGAAAAAAAUGGCCCUAUUAAAGAUUAUGAAUUGAAAACUGUUACGUUUGGAGUGAAUAGCGCGCCUUUUCUAGCAAUUCGUACGUUACAUCAACUAGCGUCAGAUUCAAAAGCGGAAUCUCCCAAAGCAUCAUCCAUUUUAAAGUAUGAGACUUAUGUAGAUGACAUAUUAACUGGUGGGUUUUCAAUUGAAGAAACUCGAGAGGCACAAAAUGAAUUAAUUAAAACUCUGAAGUCUGCUGGAUUUUUACUCAAGAAAAUAACAGCAAAUGAUACACAGUUAUUGGAAGAUGUACCAAAAGACGAUAUAUAUGAUUCCGAUUUUUUACGGUUUCAUGAAACUAGCUCCACAAAAACUUUAGGCAUAAAGUGGAACGCAAUAUCAGAUACAUUUACAUAUACUUUUUCAGCACUAAGUCCAUCUACGAAAAUAACAAAACGCCAAGUUCUGUCAUCAGUCGCAAAACUGUUUGAUCCAGCUGGAUGGCUAGCCCCUAUAGUCAUCAGAGCAAAAAUAUGUAUGCAGCAGUUAUGGUUAGAAGGUAAAGACUGGGAUGAAGAAGUUUCUGAGGAAUCUCUACAAAAUUGGAACAAUUUAGUACAAGACUUAUCUGAAGUUGAACUAAUAUCAAUUCCCCGUUGGAUUCAACUUAUGCCUAAUGAUACAAUACAAAUUCACGGUUUCUGUGAUGCAUCGAAAUCCGCUUAUUGUGCCACUGUAUACAUUAGGUGUCAAACAAAAACUCAAAAUGUAUUCUCAAAUUUACUAGUAGCAAAAAGUAAAGUUGCCCCUUUACAAACUGUCUGCCUCCCGCGCUUAGAGCUUAAUGGCGCAGUGUUAUUAGCAAAUUUAGUUAAUUACGUAAUAAACUCUCUUAAUUUCAGUAAAAGCGAAAUAUAUUUGUGGACAGAUUCAGCUAUAGUCCUUGGAUGGUUAUCAAAACCACCUUCAUCAUGGGAAACUUAUGUGGCAAACAGAACAUCACGAAUACAUGAAUUAAUGACUAAUGUCACAUGGCGACAUGUUCCAACACAUGAUAAUCCAGCUGAUUUGGGCACACGAGGUUGUAAAGCACAAAAUUUGGUAAAUAAUUCACUUUGGUGGAAUGGACCAUCAUGGUUAAAAAAACCAUCAUCAGAAUGGCCUAAACGAAAUAUAUUAAAUAAUAACCCAGAAAAUAAAGAAAUACAAUCUCUAAACGUUCAGCUUGAAACGGAUGACAUCCUAGACAAUUUUUCAUCAUAUGGCAGAGCUUUACGGGUCCAAUCGACGACUAACCGCCACUCGGGUCCCUAAUGAAAAUCAUAGCCCUAAUGAAGAGAGAAGCGUGGUACCAAGAGACUUAGAGGUGUUCUACUGUGUGAUAUGCACAGGAUAUCACGGGCUCAAGUUCUGUCGAAGAUUUAGAAGGAUGACGCCACAAAAGAGAAGGGACAUAGUUGAACGACUAGGGUACUGUGUUAAUUGCUUGGCUAAAAGCCACAGCAUCCGGUCAUGUACCUCAAUGGAGGCGUGCUUAAAAUGUGCACAAUUGCACCAUACCCUGUUGCACCUAACAAGAACAGUCAGCCCACGACCGAGAACUACCACCAGCAGCAGUCGACGCAGUCUCGAUAACUCCGAGACCCACCAACAGCAUCGUCAACACCAACAGCU